GCACUGGUCUUCUCGCGAGCGGCAUUUCCACGUCAGGUUUAUUAUUGUUUUUUUGGAAUUUAUCAAGCAGUGAAAAUGCUCCUCAAAAGACUGCCUGGCUUUGUAACACUCUGGGUCGUCCUGCAGUUAGCCGGAGCUGAUUCGCCCGAGGAGGAGCAAGGCGUUCGCUACGCAAACCGCUGCGAAGCCUGCAAAAUCCUGGCCACCGAAUUGGAAGCUCGACUUGGAGAGACCGGCAAGUCGCACGACGUCAUCGAAAUCGGAUACUCCGUUGACGAUGUGAAGCCCAAGAAGCGCACUGAAUACCGGCGCAGCGAACUGCGACUGCUCGAGUCCCUGGAGAACGUGUGCGAGCGAGUGUUGGAGUACAAUCUGCACAAGGAACGCUCUGACAGCACGAGAUUCGCCAAAGGUAUGUCCCAGACCUUCCAGACGCUCCAUGGCCUUGUGGACAAGGGCGUCAAGGUGGAUCUGGGAAUACCCUACGAGCUGUGGGACAAGCCCCCGGUGGAGGUCACCCAAAUGAAGACCCAGUGCGAAAACCUACUGGAGGAGUACGAGGAAACCAUCAGCGAAUGGUACUUUAAGCACCAGGAUGAGAAGUCACUGAAGAAGCAUCUCUGCGAGGACCAUGUGCUCAAGAAAAAGGCCGAAAGGGAAUGCCUCAAGGAGCAGCUUGCUCCUCCGGAGGCUAAAAAGGCCAAAAGGGAAAAAGCCAAGGGCGACAAGGAGGAGCUGUGAGCCAAAUAAUCCAAGUAUAUCCUAGGAAUCCCUACCAUAUUGUAAUUCCAUGUCGAAAAAUGUAGAUGUAGUGCAGCUGUUGUCGAUGCAAUUUUUAAAAGUAACACAAAUUUUAGUUUUUGAAUGAACUCAAGCAUUGACAAACUAAAUGUAGUAGUUACUUAAAUUCCAAUGAUCUUACUUUUUUUCGAAAUGGAAAUCAUUUUAAGUUUUACCACCUAUAGAACAAAGCGAAAAGUGUUUAAUUAGCUUAAGUGAACUCACUAUGUCUCUCAAGCUAAUCUGUAUAACUUCCACAACGACUGAGCCACAGAAUGCUACUGAAAGUUUCGCCUGGGGCCAUUGGCUUAUUGAUUUCGGCCACGAAUUGGGGUCGACAAUUAAAAGUUGACUGCCCUCAAUGAGGUGGCCAGUCAUAACCCCCAGCCAGAAAUUCAGGUGUUCAUGCCAUGUCCAUGUCAAUAAAUGAGAUUUUGCGCAUUUUCUAGGAACCUACGGCACUGAAUGGAAGAGAGUUAUCCUUAAAUACAUGUACAUUUUAUAACUAACAUUUAGUAUUUACGAUUAAAUAUAGAUUAUCUGUGCAU